AUGGGAAUAAAUGUGGCCCAGAUCUAUGUGGCCUGGAACUUUCAUGAAGAAACGCCUGGAGUGUAAGUUGAUUUUGAAGGAUUCACGUACAAUCGGCGGAUUAUCAACAGUCAAUUUUGAUUCAAUAUUUGCAGUUUUAACUUCGACUACGACCGAAAUGUAACUGAAUUUAUAAAAAUUGCUCAAGAACUCGGGUUGUAUGUGAACCUCCGCAUAGGCCCUUAUAUCUGCGCGGAGUGGACUCAUGGUGGAUUACCUUGGUGGCUGCUAAAAUAUGAUGACAUUAAACUCAGAACAAAUGAAGGGCCGUAAGUUUAAUCAAAUAUAGUCAUCAUUUUUUGUAGAUAUUGGGAACAUGCGAAGCGAUGGAUAAAAAGAAUCUCCGAAGAAGUCAAAGGACUACAGUAUCCCAAUGGUCCCGUUCUUUUAAUUCAAUUAGAAAAUGAAUAUGGGAGUUAUGUGGGAGAUAGGAAAUACAUGGAUGAGCUUGUCGCUUAUGCAAAACACUGCGGAUUGACCAAAGUCCCCCUCUUUACAACUGAUGGACCUGGAGAUGGAUUUUUGAAGAAUGGAGUGGCCAAAGGGGCCUUUCCUACCAUAGAUUUCGGAGCCGUCGGAUCAUUUGAUUCUGUGAAAAACUACUUCGAAGCACAGAGAAGGUUCAGCAAAUGUGGUGAGUUUCAUUGAAGUAAAGAAGAUUCAAUUUUAAAUUGUACUGUAUUUCACAUUAUAGGCCCUUAUGUGAACUCUGAAUUCUACCCUGGCUGGUUCGCAGGCUGGCUUUCCCCGAAACCUGUUUAUUCAUCUAUUCAUGGCAUUGUCAGUACGAUGCAAUGGAUGCGAGAUUUGAAUGCCUCGUUUUCAUUUUAUAUGAUCCAUGGAGGAACAAAUUGGGGAUUCACAAGUGGGGCAGAGACCGAUGCAUAUAUUGCAACCACUUACGAUUAUGGGGCUCCCAUUGAUGAGGCUGGCCAGCUCACUGAGAAGUACCUCAGGGUACGGGAAUUCAUUGGAAAUCUGUCGGAUCCGUUGUUAAAACCACUGCCGGUACCUGAAAAUCAUACGUACGUAGUUUUUAAAAGACUUUUUGUUAUAUACAUAAAAGUUGGAUGUUUAUUUGCUGUUUAUUUAUUUUCAAUCCCGUUUUAAGGGCGUUUGAGGUCAAAGAUCUUGAAUUGAAUCGCCUUGACUACAGUUUACCCGACUUUUUCAUGAAAUUCGGAACCAGCAAAUGUGAGAAAACGGAUGAACCCCAGAAUUUUGAAAAGUUUGGGCAAGGCGAGGGCUACGCCAUUUAUUAUCACGACCUUAUCAAGAUCCCCAAGGAAAUUCACAUCGAAACUUUUCGAAAUUUAAUCUAUUUUUUCAUCGAUGAUGAGUAUCAAGUAAGAAGACCGAUACGUAUUUACUGUAUUUUAGGGAUUUAUUGGACCUUGUUGCAUGGAAAGAUGUCACAAUAAGACCAUACAAUUGAAAUCGAUCAACAAAUCCAAGGGCAGAUUGUAUUUGAUCGCUGAGAACCUGGGGCGUCUCAAUUUCAGACGUGGAAUUGAUACUAAAGUAAGGCCUUACUUAUAAGGUGCCACUCGCGCUCAAAAUUUCGGACCACUUGCACUGCGCAUUUUUCUUUGUUUUUUUCGCUUUUGUUGCAGUGAUUUCUCGUUUUUACACAAGACAUGCACUUUCCGCGCGGUGAAUCCAAAUUUCACGCGCGACGUCGGCUAAAAAGAGCUGAGCGCGAGCAGUAUUUAACGAUUAAUGGACACUUUUUAGGGAGUAUUGUCACCUGUUCUUGGAGAUGGAGAGCCAAUAAAAGAUUGGUAUCAAUGCCAGACGAAAAAAAUUGGCGGAAUUAAACCCAAGAAAAACCUAAAAUACGCAAAAAAUGAUGCUCCGAAUGCCCCAGGGAUUUAUGUCGGCAAAAUUUCGCUUAAUGAAACGGACAAUCGGCCCGGUACUUUUACAUAUUUUGACUCUAAAAGCAUCGGAAAGGGUCAAUUAGUGGUGAAUGACAUCAAUAUUGGAAGAGCAUGGCCGGAGGCGGGACCUUUGGUAAGGAAUUAUAAUGCAACGCAUUGGGAAAUAUAUGAUAGAAAAAUGUAUUGCACCGCACUUCAGAGCACAUUAUACUUGCCCGGAGCUUAUCUGCAUCUCCAAGGAUCCAAUGUAUUUGCUUAUAUUUCAUUUGCCCCCAAUCCAAGCACAAUUAAAUUUGAUUUGGUCAAGGAACAUCGAUGGUACCCUGUUCCGAAAAACCAACUUUACGCCAAGAAACCACGUGUUUGGGAUCGCUGGUAA